AUGUUCUCAUAUGAUAAAAUCUCGCUUCAAAAAGUAAUCUCAAAUCUUAAUGCUUAUACUGGCAAGACAGAUCUAAUAACGACUAAGAAAACGAUUGCGUCUUAUAUUCAAAUUGAAAUAAUACUUCUCUGUUCCACAUGUACUUUUGCACAAAAGUUCAUUGCUGGAGUGGAAACACCUAGUCGAUCGGGGCGAGUAGCAAAAACUGCAAUAGACGUUUGUACUGAUACAAAAGUCGGCAACACAUAUUGUAAUGAUGACGAUAUUUGUGUUGCAACUGGUUUUAUUCAAUGUACAGGAGCUGGUGCAGGUAUAGAGUUUCCCUGUGGAGGUGAAUUUGUCGGUUGCGAAGAAACAUAUAAUGCCGCCGCACCUCCAGUAAAAAAUGGUGACGCAAAAUGUGCAACCACUCGACCUUCUGCAUGUGGUGACCCAGUAGCAGAUUUUCAAUGCCUUGAUGCUGGUAUUUUUCCUGAUCCACUAAACUGCCAAAAAUAUUUCUUUUGUUAUGAAGAUGGUGGUGAUUUAACCGCCGUCGAAUAUACUUGCGAGAAAUAUUACGUAUUCGAUCCGAGUGGGAUAAAUAAUGAAUAUUGUCGCCUAACAAUCGGGCGACAUUGCAUAACAGCUGAUUGUAACAAUGAAUCGAAAAAUGUUCUACUUGAAUAUCCGUAUUGGUCAGAUGGCCAAAUUGUGGCUAUGUGCAGAGGAAGCAGUCCACCUCUUGUGACCCGCUGUGCAGAAGGUUUUGUUGCUAAUCUCAACACACUUCCUAUUGAAUGUGAAUUUGUUUGCAAAACUCCUGGAAAUUUUCCUUACCCUGGAGACGAUACUAAAUAUAACUAUUGUUUCGCUGUUUCUGGCGGGUUGGAACAUAAAGUCAAUUCGUGCUUCCCAAAUUAUUAUUUUAAUCCAGGAACAAAUGUAUGUGAAGAAAAGACGGAAGAAACGACAGAAGCGGCAAUUGUCAUUAUGAAGACAAUUUUAUUGUUAUUGGCAGUUUUCACUGUUCAAUCAUUAGCACAAUCGAGUAUUUUAGACUGUUUCGCUCCUGUACUAGAUAAUGUGAAUGGUGAAAGAGAAGAUUUAGUGGAAUGGUCACAGGAUGUACGGGAUACUACUGUUCGUUUACAAGAACAACGUCAACGAUGCAAUGAUAUUCCUCGUGAUGAUCCUCCAACUGCUAUUCAAGAUCGAAUAAUUCAAGCAUGUAAUGCAGCAUGGAGUGCUUCACUUGCAUUCGAGUUGAACCGCCUUUUCACUGAUUUAGUGGCAAUAGAUCCUGAAUUGGCUGAAGAACUUCGAAGACAAUCAGCAGAUUGUUUUCCAAUCCCAGAAGCCCCAGAAGCUAUCGAAUUGAAACGAAAAUUGUUGAAAACAUUAAACAGUUUUAUUUUCAAAAUACUCACAGUAAUAGCUGAAAAUAGAAGAGUAAAUAUGAAGACUUUACUUCUUUUGGUAGCAGUUGUAGGAUUGACACAUUUCAGUGCAUCACAAGCUCCGGAAAUUCCUGAAGAUAUUAAUCUUGAAGAAGUUCUUGCAUGUGUACAAGCAGGUAUCGACGCUAUACCUGAUCAAUCCCAAGCAGUAGCCGAAUGGGCAGUUCAAACAGUUCAAAGUGUAAUAGGCUUGGUUGAACAAAGAAGGAGAUGUUUGGAAAUGACAAAUGAUAGAUUACAACAAGCUUGUAUGGCUACAUGGACUGCUUCAGUUCUUUUCGAAGCUAACAGAUUGAGAAACGAUUUAGCGAUUUUACCCGACGAAUCCACUGCUGCCAUUUUCGAAGAACAUUUCCUUGGUUGCUUUGGAGUUAGUCCUGAUGAUGUUCCUGCUUAAGGAAAAAUUUGUAAAUAAUAAAAUGACAAAAGUAUAAAAAACUG